AACCCCCUUAGUCAGCAUAUCACUGGAAAGUAGAAAGCUGCACAGAAAACCAAGCAAGCACAGCUCAAACCUUCGAUAAUAAACCAAAAACCAAAGAAAAUUAAUUACUACAAAAGAAAGAAAACCUAUUAUAUAUAUAUAUAUAUUUAAUCACACACACCCAAAUCUUCCAUUUUACAUCAUCAACUCUAGUAUACCGUACCCCAUAUAUAGAGAUGAGGACGACUAGGGGCUUCCGUCUCGGACACAGGGUGGUGGUCAAAGUCUUCAAUUGGUGCAUCCACCGCCGCACACGGCGGAGAUCCACCACCUACCACCGCCUGCAGCCCUCGGCGGGUCCCUUCUCAAAGCUCCACAGAUUGGUCCGUUCCGUGAGAAAGGGAGCUGUAAGGCUGUGUUCUUCUAGCAGAAGAAACAAUUCGGGGGGUUACAUUCGGGCCGGGCAAGAACCGGUUCAGCAGCCCAAGUUACCGAAAGGGCACCUGGCUGUGUACGUGGGCGAUAAGGAGGACGACACGUGUCGGGUCGUGGUGCCUGUUAUAUAUUUCAACCACCCUUUGUUUAGUGAGCUGUUGAGGGAAGCUGAGAAGGUUUACGGGUUCAAUCACGAUGGUGGGAUCCAGAUUCCUUGCCCGAGAUCCGAGUUGGAGGAUAUUCAGAUGAAGAUCGCCGCCGCGAGCGGUGGCGGAAGCUGGCGGAGGAUGGGGCUCUACUGAGAGUGGGACUUUUUUUUUUGUCUUUUUCCUUUUUUUUAUUGGCCUUUGAAAAUAAAGUCGAUAUUUUUCAGUUUUUGUUUUUUCAAAUUUUACUUGUACAAAUUAUAUUUUCCGUCUUUAGUUUUUGCAUUUGGAACUCUUA